AUGUGUGUUAAUAAUUCAUAUUCAUCACUUAUUUUUAUAAGUGAUUUACCAUCAUAUGGUCUUAUUGGUCUGAUAAGUAUUGGUAUGAUUCUUUAUUGGUCUUAUAUUAUAACUUAUAUCCGAAAUCAUCAUUCAUCAACAACGAUAUAUAUUUCUAUCUCUCAAUUAUCACUAUUUUUCAUCUUACUUUCUCCAAUUACAUUUCUUGUUCGCCCAUCAGCAUCAAUAAACCUCGUAUGUUCAAUUCAAACAUUAUCAUUACAAAUCUUUCCGUUCUUUCUUUUACUUGGUUUUAAUAUUGAUUUUGCACAUCAAUGGUUAUUUAAAAUAGCAAAAGAUUCAAAUAAAAAAACUUGUCUUAUAUUAAUAAGUUCAAUAUUAUUAUUUUGUCUAGCUAUUUUAAUUCAAACAAGCGUUCUUAUUAUUUGGUUCUAUAAUUAUCAUAAUUAUUUAGAUCGUUAUGAUCAAUGUACAGAUGAAUGUUAUCGACCAUUAUUUCUUUGUUCAUUAUCAUUUAAUUUUUUCUUAUUAUUUCUUUUUUCAUUUCAAUCAAGUAUACGAUAUCAUUUGUAUAAUUAUCGUCAUGAUCUUAUAUAUUUAUUAACAAGUCUACUUGCAUUAUGUAUUACUAUAAUAUGGAUUUGUUUCUAUUUAUUUAAUCCAUUACGGUCAUUAUUAACAUUUCAUAUGAAUAAUAAUUAUAUCCUUGCAUAUGGACAUUUAUUUUUUGUCUAUGCAUUUUUAGGACCUUUUCUUUUUGAACAAUUAUUUUAUCAAAAGACUAGUCCUAAUAAAGGUCAGCAUUUAUCUAAGUCUAGUAAAAUGACAUUUAAAUGUUUAUCCUUGACCAAAGAGCAACAACGUGUGUUCAUGGCCGCUUAUAUUAAACGAAAUUUAACAGCAUCAUGUGAAAAUCUUACAACAAUAACGAUUUCAUCACCAAUAUCAAUAAAUAAACAACAGCAACAGCAAACAUGUCAUUCAACAUUAAGUGCGGAUAGUUUAUGUCCAACAUUAGCUAGUACUGUUUCACAAGAUUUACGAUCGAAAAUAACAACCGAUACAUCAAGUUGUGGUACAAUGUCAAGUGAAUAUUUACUUUUAUCCACUUCAGCAAUUAAAAAAUAA